AUGAUUGCUCAGUAUGGGGCGAUUUCCAUGAGCCCCAUGGCAAUACCUCUCCUUCCAUCUAGUGGGGAGAAACAGAGGCAACUACGAGAGGAAUCGAUGAAGACUCCAGUGCGCAAGAAGGACAAGUCGCAAGACGCUCUUCCCAUUUCUUCCCUAUAUCGCACGUGGACGACGAAGAGGAUUUUCCCUGCAUGGCAUUCUAAGAAAAUGUCUCUCUGUCUUUUCCUCAUCGUGGUCGCGACCUUGACCCAGGUCGAAGGUCUGCGACGAGUGAAGCGAGGUCAAUACGACCAGUCUAUCUCCACCUACGUGAACGAUAGGACGUGUUACUGGAACGAGCCGUGCAAGGAAGAAUUCCAGAAUGCAUUCCGGUGUCGCUGCCCGGGUUGGUCUUACUGUCGGGGACCAGGAAAGUAUUACAACGCCCACUGCGCCAUGAGUGGGACCGGCUACAUCUGGAUGCAAGAACCCCCGCCCAUUAGAGCCCCUUGGGUGCGACGGAAACCUUGGAAUAAGGCCCAAUCUCGACAUCCUGGACCCAGGACUUAUCGAUCCGUCGAUGACCAUUCCUUUUAAUUAGAUGGCCCAAUUUUGGCCCCGGGUCCGCUGGAAAGCAAUAUCCAAUCCCUCGAUGGUAGAGUAUUCCCCUGCCAAAUCUAGUCUUCCACGUUCUAUGGGCUUUGUAUGAUGUAGAUUAGAAGAAAUAAAGGAAUAAAACGC